AUGGGUAAAGGCUUGAUGAGGAGUGAUGUGUUGGUAAAACCGAUCGGACAAGAGGACGACCGAGUUUUCCCGUUCAUCAUAGGCUCGAACGAACAACACAACUUUCUUUACGCCAUCACCGUCGCUCCCGACGCAGCGCAAGACGUGGACGUAGGUUUCGUUAGAACGCUUCCCGCCCAGGUGUUGCCGCCUCCUAUACCUGUCGUAGUGGCUACGAGUCCGAGUCAGAGGUUCGCGUCAAGGUUCGGAGCUGGGGUAGGGGAAGGUGAGGGAGGUGAGGUCGAACGGACAAGGGAAGGGGAUACGAGAGAAGCUGUGAGGGUUGGCACGGCGGCGACGUUGAGGAAUGUGACGAUCGUGGUGAGGGGGAGACCUGUACAGGCUUCGAGGAACAAGUCGAAGGGGUACACCAUCGAGGACGAGGCUCCUCGACCCGAUUCGACAACCGAGGACUACGUCUCGGCUACUGCACCUUUCGCUUCUAGAUGGAACACGACACUGGACAUAUCCUCCUUCGCUUAUCGUGCCCCACCUCGGAAAGCGAUUUUUGAGCAUCGCGAACGCGUGAACCCUUUCGCGCUCCCUCCGGCCUUAGCAGCCGCUACCGCACGCGCAGCUCGACAAUCCUUGAUCGACAAUAAAGAAGGGAAGAAGAAUCUACGCAAUUCAACGCAGGUAGCCCCGAUGGAGGCUGAGACUAUUGCCGGGAGUAAAAAAUAUACGAUGGCUUCGCUGGCGGCGAUGGCGGCUCGGUCGCCUGUGUUGGCGAGGAAUGGAGCGCAUCAUCACCAUCAGCAACAUCAGUCGAUGUCGAUGACCGAUUCACCGAGGAGCUCGAUGCAGAUCAAUAGAGCUUUACCUUCCGUACCCCAGAAACAGGAUUCGUUGGCCAAGAGGUACUUCUCUUUACCACCUGGUGGUGGAUCACCGAUGACGAACGCGUUCGCGAAUCGACCCAGGAGUCCGUUCAAUCCUACGAAUAGGGGGGAGACGCCACCGCCGGGUUGGAGGGCGAGUUUCCCGACUUCCUUGACGGGGGUUGGAGGGACGGCCGGUGGAGAGAACGGGGUUGGCGCUUCGACGUUGACGUCGACGAACGUGGCGCCGAGGAGGGGUUUCACGACGACGACGAUUGAUCAUGGGCAGAUACUGGUCUCGGUCACGCUGCUACCGUUGAGAGCGAUCAAGAAACCGAGUCAAGGUGCGGUCACGAAUCAAGAUGAUCGGAAUACGGUCGAUCAGGAUCUCGAUGAUGAGGUUGCGUCCAUGCCCUCGGCGACGGGACGUCGAACAACCUUCAAGUUCCCUUCACCUUUAACAUCCCCUUCACCCUCGGGUGGAUCACCUCAAUUCCAAGAUACCUCCAGUCCCAAUCCCGAUUCGACAUCCUCCCCAACUCCCGACACGAUCGACGGUCCCCACUAUCGAGCUCCCCGUGUCGGCCUCUUGGACGUCUUCCUCGUCGAAGUCUUCGUCGUCAACCGCAGCGACCAAGUCAAACGGUUCACCGUUGGAGUACCGGCCGCUUCCGAAGCGGACGACGCCUCCAAAAAAGCCUGGUUCGACAACCCGAAUACGCCCACCACAACGGCCCUUCAAGCCGCGCAAGCUCGAAGAGGGGGGAGGACCAAAACCCCGGUGGCGAGUUUGGUCGCGUUGGAGAAUGAUGUGAGGAUCGGGCCGUUGUUGCCUAGGUCUUGUGCGAGUGUGACGUUGAGGUUCUUGGCGAUUCGUCCGGGAGCGCAUCGGUUGAACGAGUUGAGGAUGGUGGAUUUGGCGACGGGUUUGGAAACGAGGUUCAAGGAACCGUUGGCGGUGGUGGUGGAGGCUUAG